AUGAUUGAUGAUGAACUGCUAAAUAGUCUUUCCAGCCAAAAACUGAUUGAUUCUGGCAAAGUAGCAUUCGAUAAUCUGCUAGCAGUUCCUUCCGCUAAUCUCUCCGGAACCGUUCCGAGAGAGAUUGGGGAGCUCGUCGCGCUUCAGAGUCUCUAUCUGGGAGUGAAUGCGCUCUCUGUAACCAUCCCUCUUGAGCUCGGCUACAUCUCUUCUCUCUCAAAUGUUGAGUUGAGCGGCAAUAUGUUCACUGGCCCGGUUCCUGUGUCUAUCUGGAACCUCUGUGAAAACCUUGUUUCUCUUCGCCUUCAUGGUAAUUCUCUGUCAGGUCACAAUUCGUUUUCUGGGGAUUUUUCUGAAUUUGUGGCUAGGUUUAGUGGGCUAAAAGAGCUUAACCUAGGUGAUAACAAGCUCUCUAGCACAAUUCCUGGUAGUUUAAGUGCACUACACCUUGAGAAAUUGAAUAUUUCUUACUAUAGCUUCAGUGGGGUUUUGCCAAAUUUUGGGCAACCAAAGUUUGGGGUGGAGGCUUUUGAGGGCAACGGUCCUGAGCUUUGUGGGCUUCCAUUGAGACCCUGUAAUGGAAACUCUGGACUGAGCCCUGGUGCCAUUGCUGGCAUUGUGAUUGGCUUGAUGGCUGGGGCAGUGCUUUUGGCAUCAUUGUUGAUUGGGUAUUUUUCGGGGAAGAAGAGGAGGACGAAUGACAACGAAACAGGAGAGGAGGAUUUUGAAGAACUAGAGGAUGAGGAAAAUGGUGGGGGGUGGUGGUGGUGA